AUGGCAAAAGGCGGGAUAUCCAAGGGCACUCCCUCCCUUCAUUCCCGAGCUGCAAGGCGGGCAACCUCUCCCGGUAUCGACACCGACAAGUCGCUGAAGAAUUUGAAGCCUCCGGCCGAGUCGAUCAACCGCCGACCAGCAGUCUUGGCGGCGCACCAUAGCGGAGGGAUCACCAAGAAAUCCAAGACGGGGAGGAAGGCGGUGAUGAGCACCAAGGCAAGGCGGCGGCACGAGAAGGGGUUGGAUCGCGCCGAGGUCGUCGUGGACAGGACAGAAAAGAAGCUCCAGAAGAGUAAAGGCCAGGCUAGGGUCAUAAAGGCGAGGAGUAAGCCGUGGGACGAAGUCAACAAGGAGAUUCCUCCGCCAGACGCCAGGGACCUCGCCGUCGGGCUUCAGGACGGGGAGGACGAUGACGCUGGCUCCUACGCCGACACAGAUGAAGAGAUGGAUGUCCCUGACGGAGAACCAGCACAGAAGGACACUUCGUUGGCCUCCCAGUCAACGCCACUGGCCCCGGUCCCGGCGCCGGUCCUGGAUGAUGAAGAUGAGAUUUUGUAA